AUGACCAGUCAACUGCCAGAGGAGUCUGUGGAGACCCAGAGCUCAGAUGAGCUUGAGUGCAAGAUCUGUUACAACCGCUAUAACCUGCGACAGAGAAAACCGAAAGUGCUGGAGUGUUGUCACAGAGUAUGUGCCAAAUGCCUUUGCAAGAUCAUAGACUUCGGUGAUUCCCCGCAAGGAGUCAUAGUAUGCCCGUUUUGCAGGUUUGAAACGUGCCUGCCAGACGAUGAGGUUAGUAGUCUUCCUGAUGACAACAACAUCCUUCUGAAUUUAGCUUGUGGGGGAAAGGGAAAGAAGUGCCUACCAGACAACCCAACGGAACUGUUGCUGACUCCCAAAAGGUUGGCAUCCCUGGUUAGCCCUUCUCACACUUCUUCUAAUUGCCUGGUUAUAACGAUCAUGGAAGUACAAAGAGAAAGUCCCCAGACUCUGAACUCAACCCCCGUGGUGGAAUUUUACAGGCCUACGAGUUUUGACUCUGUUGCAACUGUGUCCCACAACUGGACAGUGUGGAACUGCACAUCUUUGCUCUUCCAGACCUCAAUUCGGGUGCUAGUGUGGUUGCUAGGGUUGCUAUACUUCAGUUCCUUGCCUUUAGGGAUUUAUUUGCUGGUAUCUAAGAAAGUCACCCUUGGGGUUGUCUUUGUAAGCCUUGUUCCUUCGAGCCUUGUUAUUCUCAUGGUUUAUGGCUUUUGCCAGUGUGUUUGCCAUGAAGUUCUAGACUGCAUGUCAUCUUGA